AUGCUGGAGAAGUUUCCUUCAAGUCCAGCCGCUCCCUCCUACCGGAACCUUGAGGCCCCAGGUCCCUUUAAGGCGCCCUGCGGGCCGACCCGGAGCAGAGGGGGCGGGAGGAGGGCUAGCGAGCGCAAGCCACGUGACUCGGCUGCCAAGUGCGUUCGCGAGUUUGACAGAAGUUUGAAUCGGCCUCGGGGGUUUUCUGCAGCCAGAGGGGCAGAGCGGCGGUCCAGACCUCCGCGAGCGCCAGCUGCAGCGCCCGCGCCCCCCGCCCCGCCAGCCUGGAGCCCUCGCUGCCCCCACCGCCGGUCAGCAGCCCCCCAGCCCCCCCGCGGUGCCGGCCGCAGCCUCCCCGCCAGGGAGCCGAGCCCCGGCGCUGCGCCCCGGCCCCGCUGUGCCAGCAUGUCUUCGACGGAGGGCUCGAGUCGCGCGGCGGACAAGUCGCCGAGCCAGCAGGUGGACCGCCUGCUGGUGGGGUUGCGCUGGCGGCGGCUGGAGGAGCCGCUGGGCUUCAUCAAAGUUCUCCAGUGGCUCUUUGCUAUUUUCGCCUUUGGGUCCUGCGGCUCCUACAGUGGAGAGACAGGGGCAACAGUUCGCUGCAACAACGAAGCCAAGGAUGUGAGCUCCAUCAUUGUUUUGUUCGGCUAUCCCUUCAGGUUGAACCGGGUCCAGUAUGAGAUGCCCCUUUGCGAUGAGGACUCCACCUCCAAGACCAUGCACCUGAUGGGGGAUUUCUCUGCUCCCGCCGAGUUCUUUGUGACCCUGGGCAUCUUCUCCUUCUUCUACACCAUGGCCGCGCUGGUCCUCUACCUGCGCUUCCACAGCCUCUACACAGAGAACAAGCGCUUCUCGCUCGUGGACUUCUGUGUGACUGUCUCCUUCACCUUCUUUUGGCUGGUAGCUGCAGCCGCCUGGGGCAAGGGCUUGACGGACAUCAAGGGGGCCACACGGCCAUCCAGCCUGACGGCAGCCAUGUCAGUGUGCCAUGGAGAGGAAGCGGUGUGCAGUGCUGGGGCCACGCCCUCUAUGGGACUGGCCAACAUCUCUGUGCUCUUCGGCUUUAUCAACUUCUUCCUGUGGGCCGGGAACUGUUGGUUUGUGUUCAAGGAGACCCCGUGGCACGGGCAGGGCCAGGACCAGGGCCAGGACCAGGGCCAGGGCCCUAGCCAGGAGAGCGCAGCUGAGCAGGGAGCAGUGGAGAAGCAGUAAGCAGCCCCCACCUGGCUACUCCCGAACAGGACAGCACCUCUUCAACCACCUCCAGCUUCCAGGACCUCCCUCUUCUUCCUUCUCCAACUCCCCUCCCCUGUCAUUCUGGGCUUUGAGCUUUGAGACAUCGUCGCUGAUGGAUGGGCAGGCAUCAGCUGUCAGAAACCCGGGCAGCCAUCCCAGUGGCUUCCUAGCCCUCCUCUGGCUGGAGCCUCGGAUGGCAGGAGCUCAGGGCUUCUUGUCUACUGCCUGGACCCCCAGCAUCUUACUUGGGGUCUUACUUAUACACUUAUAGCCUCUGAGAAUGAGCCUCUACUGCAGGGGGCAGGAGACCAGUCUUGAGACUCGUUCCUAGCAGCCACUUCUAUCAACGUGUCGCCUUCAAUAAAAGUGGGGGGAGGGGAAAUUGGCUGGCAGCCUUCUUCCUGGUUCCUUGCAUGAAGGGCCCACCAGCGGUUCAGUGACCCCUCUUCAAUGGCUGUCAUCUAAGCCUGUGUCUGCCCCCAUCUCCAGUCA